GGCCCCGCCGCCGCCAUGGCGGGCGCGGCCCCGGCCCCGGCCCCGGCCCCGGCCCCGGCCCCAACGCCGGCCGGCGAGAGCGAGGCCUCGGCGGCGGCGGCGGGCGAGAGGCCGCCCCUCUCGGCGGCGGCGCUGGCGAAGAUGGAGCGGAACCGGCAGCGGGCGCUGGCACUGCGGCAGGCGCGGCUGGCGGCGCGGCCCUACCCUGCCGCAGGCGGCGUGCGGGUGAAGGCCCCCCCCAAGGUCGUGGACACGGGAGGGGGCUUCUUCCUGGAGGAGGAGGACGCGGAGGAGGAGGAGGACGGUGGCGAGGCGGGGGAAGAGUCGGCCGCCGCCAGGAUCGUGCACCCCCCCGCACCUGUACUAGAGUUUGACUAUCUCAUCUGUGAAGACUGUGGCAAAGAAUUCAUGGAUUCCUACCUUAUGCAGCACUUUGAUUGGGCAACGUGUGAUAAUUGCAGAGAUGCUGAAGAUAAACAUAAGCUUAUAACAAGGACAGAAGCAAAAGAAGAGUAUCUUCUUAAAGACUGUGACUUAGACAAGAGAGAACCAGUGCUCAGAUUUAUUUUGAAGAAAAACCCUCAUAAUUCACGGUGGGGUGACAUGAAACUUUAUUUAAAGCUACAGGUAAUCAAGCGUUCUCUUGAAGUGUGGGGUAAUGAAGAAUCACUGCAAGAAGCAAAGGAACUCCGUCGUGACAACAGAGAGAAGAUGAAACAGAAGAAAUUUGACAAGAAAGUUAAAGAACUCCGCCGUGCAGUGAGGAGUAGUUUGUGGAAGAAAGAAGCUAGUGUGCAUGAACAUGAAUAUGGACCAGAAGAAAACAUUGAAGAUGAUAUGUAUAAAAAGAUAUGUACUGUAUGUGGCCAUGAAUUAACUUACGAGAAGAUGUAGUAUCAUGCUUUUAAAAAUUUCAUUAAGUGUCUUUUUAAUGGUAUUCUGUAUUAAGCUCAAAUAAAAUCUGAUUGUGAACAA